AUGUCAACCUUUGACGGCAUCGUGUCCGAGUUUCCAGAGAUUCGAGUGGACUUUUUCCGUUAUAACCCCAAUCGUCCCCGACCACUGGCGUGUUUUCUGAGCCACGUUCACAGCGAUCACCUGGCAGGUCUUGAGACCCUCAAGUCCCCAUUUGUCUAUUGUUCAGCAGCGACGAAGGAGAUUCUCCUCCGUCUAGAGCGGUAUCCAUGUCGAAUAAACCACGCAAAAGGGGUUCUCGAGGCGAGGGUGCAAACUUACAAACAUCUGAAAGCCCUCCUAAAACCUAUCCCUCUGGAAACCCCGACCAAGCUAGAACUGAAGCCCGGGGUCAAUAUUCAAGUCACGCUCUUUGACGCAAACCACUGCCCAGGGGCCGUCAUGUUUCUUUUCGAGACCGACACAAAGGCAGUGCUGUAUACCGGCGAUAUGCGGAGCGAACCUUGGUUCGUCGGGAGCAUCGCUAGAAACCCGAACCUCAUAGAGUACACUAGCGGGAUCCGGACUCUGGAUAAAAUUUACCUCGAUACGUCCUUUACGAGCAGCGUUCCCUUUCAGACCAAGGCGGAGGGUAUUUCCAAGCUUCUACGGACGGUAUCAAGGUAUCCGGACGAUACAGUCUUCCAUCUACGAGCCUGGACAUUCGGAUAUGAGGACGUUUGGGUUUCACUUUCGCGGGCUCUCAAGUCCAAGAUACACGUUGACGAAUACAAGAUGCGGAUAUACUCUUCGCUCACGACUCGUCUUGCUGACCGAAAUCGCGACGAGCUUUGUUUCCAGAUGACCUCAGAAGCCGCCGCGUUGACGGGCUUUGUGUGCGGUAACACGCCCCAUCCUGGCUGCCUGACGCGGGAUGAGAACGUGCGACUGCAUAGUUGCGAGAAGGGCAAGUAUUGCGAUGUGGUCAAGACCUCGGAUGUGGUUUGGAUAUGUCCCGUAGUGGCCCACCUGUCGGAUGGGGAAGAUUUGAUCGAGAUGGGAGUGGGCGGCGGCGGCGAUGAUCUGGAGAGGGAGGUCGAGCUUGGGAAUAUGCCGGCGGAGGAGGUAGACGUUUUGAUGGAAUUAAUAAGUCGAGACCGCGAUAUUUCGCCGGAUGCCAAAGCGGACGUUCGGCGUGUUUUGGCCGACAAGUCUAGAAACGGGCUUCCCAUCGCUCUCAAUCUGGACUUCUCCUCGUUUGGAGAGGGAAAUGAAAUGAGCCUUCACAAGGGCACCUCCGCUGCCAAACUCCCGCGGAGAAUCCGAUUCCCCUACUCGAGACAUUCCUCGUAUCCUGAACUGUGCCACUUUGUGGAAACUUUUAAGCCGAAAGACGUGUGGCCCUGCACGGUCAACGAACAGGAAUGGAUUUCAAAAGGGAUCUGUAUUGAAUCACUGUUUGGGCGAUACUGCACUGGGAACGCCUUCGAGCACGACCUCAAGAUGGAGCUGCUCGAGCCGCAACUAAGCACACACGUGCCCUCAGAGUCCCAGAGGUCUCAAACUCGCGAGAGCCAACAGAGCACCGCAUCGCUCGUGAGCGAGCGUGUGGACGCGCCACCAGCACUCGGGGGUCGCUCUCAUCCAGGUAGUUUCGCCGAAGCCGGGAGGUCGUUGCACAGGCCUGUCGAAAUCUCCGACGACUCACACGGUGGAAGGGGUUCGCAGGAGGAUGAUGUCGAAAUGGCCGGUGACCAGCAUCUCACGGCCUGCUCACAGCCAACCGAGACGAGCCAAAGUUGUGCGGAAGUGACGAGUUCAUCAUCCCAGGACUCGACUACCUUGCCAAGAUCACCAGAACCGUCUCGAAUGCGCAUGGAUGCCUACAAUGCGAUGCUGGGGAACUCGUCCGGCGGUGAAGGACAGGUGUGGGAGACGGUGGGAUUAAUUUCCGUAGCACACAACCAUACGCAUGUGGAAACUGAGUUGGGGGAUGGCUAG